AUGUCUUGCGACUCGCUCCCGAUCCGGUCGUUUGUGUGCCCGAUCACGUGCGCGGUCAUGGUCGACCCGGUCAUGGCCGUCGACGGCCACACCUACGAGCGGUCAGCGAUCGAAACGUGGUUUAAGAAGAGCCACCGCAGUCCCAAGACCAACUGCCUCCUUGCAACGACCAACGUUGUGGCCAACCAUACGCUCAAGCAAGCCAUUUGCGAGUACGUUGAGAUGGUCGCGGCGGACGAGGCGCGGCGCACGCUUGGACACCCCGGCGCGCUGCCCAUCAUGGCCACACCCGACGCUGGCUACUGCGUCUUUCGCGUGCUUGCGCCCACGCAAGUGUACGCUGCGCCGUCGUUUCAGAGCGCCGAGCGCGCCACCGUGGCCGCCAACGACCUUGUGAUUGCAACGGACCGCAUGACGGACGACGCGUCGACCGUGGCCUUUCUCAAGCUCGGACGGAGCAACGGCGCGCCGCUCGCGGGGCUCUUUCUACCGCUGGCGCACCAAGCCGCGUUGUAUGCGCCAACGGCGGUGCCGAUUCCGAUGACGACGACGCUCGCCGUCUACUGCACGGGACCCACGCGCGUACGGACGUUCCGGCGCCCGACGUCGACGGCCGAGGAGGCAACCACGUUCGAGUUGCCAUGCCACACGCUUGUGUCGACGGACCUUUGCGUCGAAACAGCGUCGGCAGCGUACGUUCGUCUCGAAGGCACCGAGUUUUGGGUGCCGGAGAACGUCUUGGACAAGUGCAAUCUCAACGCGGCACGCGGGCUCUGCCACGUCAUUGACGCGGCCGAGGUCCUCGGAAACGCGCUCGUCGGUCUCGGCAGCGUCGUCGUCAAUAAGAUCUAUGCCGGGUCGCUCCUCGUGUGCCACGGAUAUGUCCUGUUUAACGGGCACUUGCACUGCCGGGUGCAGAACUACAUUGAGCAACCGCCGAGCCACUUUGUGUCGACGAUCGCGCUCUGUGGCGCGCAGUACCUGGGUGUCUUGCGUGAAGUCCAGGAAGAUGGCUCGGAAGACGAUGUGAUUGUGGCGGGCGGCCUGCCCACGGACCUCUGCGAUCUCCUCGCCGUCUGCGUCCGAGACUCGUGGCGCAUCCAGCAUGCUGCGUUGGGACCGCACGACACGUGGUUUGUGGCGGCGACCAAGAAGGGUGCUACAGCCGCUGCGUGCUGGGCCAGCGCCAACGCACCAGCUCGAUUGCGCAACGCCAUGAAGUCGUCAGGCCGCGCUGCCUUUGGCAAUGCCGGUAGCUUUGUGUACCUCGAUGCAAUGACUGUGGUUGUCGGUGGCGACGUCCCCCAAGAGCUCGAGCGAUACCUCGCACAAGCCCGCCGCGUGUACACCUUUAGUCUGCAUUCCACCGGCGGGGCCUUUGCCAAGACGAACAACGGGGUGCUUCUGGACAAGAUGCCAACGUGGUUUGCCACCGACGUUGUCUGCGCACCCAAGCCGAGCCAUGGCGACCUCCGCCUUGUUGCGCUGAGCGGCGAAGACUAUGUCGCCGUGUACGAGCACGCCUGCGUCGCGUCGCCGGCUGUCCCGACGCCCCUCUCGACGGCGCUGACGGGCUUUUACACGCGCCACCUGGCACUGCGCGCGGCGCGACGCCGGCUCAUUUUGCAGUACGAAGCCACCACUUUGCAACACGGCUAA